UCUUCGAUUUUUUUUUUUUUUAUUAUUCUUAAUCUUACAUCUGAGUUAUGAUAUUAACUUCAUCUUAAAUAAAUUAGAAAAUCAAAAUAUGUUAAUCAUUUUGUUGACUUUGUUUGUAUUAAAGCAAACUAAUGUUUUAAGCUCGUCUUCCAAAUUAAAUAUGAUGACAUCAUAUAAAAACGAAUUAUUAUACGAAAAUGAUGGGAAAAUGGAAUUGCAAUUAAAUGAUGAUUCCGACUCGGACGUAUCACAUCCAGAUGCUUCCGCUACUGGCGAUAGCAAAUUGCCGUCAAAAAUCAGUGAUAGAAAGAACCAUCAAUGCCCUGAUGAUCUAAUCGAAAUUGUUUGGAAUAGAAGAUAUGUGUGUUUGAAAGUAUCAAAAUUCCCUCAAACAUUUGAUGAACAUGCCUGCUACGGUUCAGAUUAUUUAAUAACCCGGCGAGAUCUUAAUAGUGAACUAAAAUGGCAAUUGAUGAAAAUGAAUAUAACACAAUUUUGGAUGCCGGUUAGACGAUUGGAGGAAAAAAGAUUUAAACCAUUUGUAAUUCGAUUGCCCGGUAGGCAUUGGAAUCAGCUAUACAAUUUCAAUGAAGCUUUCAUUAUUUCGGGCAACGAGUCGAAAAAACAUUGCCUUGCGGCUCACUUGCACGAAGAAAUAUCAUCUUCAGAAUUCAAAAUUACUGAUUGCCAUCAAGAAUUAUACUCUGUCUGCGUAUUCCGGGAACAUUUUGUAGCCAUAUUUGGUUGCCCGGAACAAUAUGGGGCAUUAAGUCAUUUACCGAAUCAAUGUUAUGGAAUAACUUUGGAUAAUCAUAAUUGUCGAAUUGUUUCGCUUGACGAAUACAAUCGAAAGAAUAAUUCCAUAUGGAUAAUAUUUAAUGCACAUCGGAUAAAAAUUGAAAAUUUAAUCAGUUUAGGGCAGUCGAUAAACGGCAGCCUAUGGGUUUUAGAUAAAAAGAAACGAAUCAAUUUUAUAUCAACGCAAAAGCAAAUGCCAGCCUUAAGUUUCAUUCAAUUAACGAAUAAUAAAAGCAACGCGUUAGAGAUGACUUUGAAUAUUAAUACAUAUACAAAAGAUUUGAUAUUAACGGUUUACAAUCGAUUAUAUAUAUGGUCUAAUGAAAAUCGUUACAAAUUAGCGAUUCAUUGUUUUACGAAUGCCGGCGAUUACGACGAAAUCGCUAAUGUUUAUAUCGAUAAAAUUUGGGAAAAUGACCAAAAGACUAAGACAAUGUUUAAAUUGAAGAUAAGAAGCGAUAAUCCGGGAUUGUAUUGGUGUGAAGCGCAUACAAUUUUCAAUUUCACUUUAGUAUCGACCGAAAAGAUAGAAGCGACAAAACAUAGGCGAGGCUACAACUAUGCGCUUAUGGUCGAUAUUCGCUGCGAUGUUGAAAAUGCUCGUUCAAUGUGUCAAAGCAGACGUAAACUGGCUAACGAAAUCAAACGGAACUUGAAAGCCGUUCGGGCGAAAGACAAAGUCUUAAAAGUUUUGCGUAUACAUAAGGUACGUGUAAUGCAAAUGGAUUCAGUAUCAUCGGAUUUAGGCGAUUUAAGGGCUUUAUGUCAUGCACUAGUGUCGAUAAAAUCAGACUCGAACGCAUUGCGGAACGAUAAAAACGAUUUGAACACCAAAGAGACUGAUACGCGAUUACGGUUAAUGGCACGAGAUUUAUUGAUCGCAUUAAUGAAAAUUUGGCAGCCGCAUUUAACUUCUUCGGUACGUAGUACUGAAUUCUGUUUUCCCGACGAUCAAUGGAAGAUGGCGCGUCGCGGUCAGUUUGCUACUACAUUCAAAUUUUGCUUGCAAAAUAACGGUCUACCACUUACACGCAAAUGCCUUGGAAAUUCUAUUCAGGGAGCAUAUUGGGAUACAUUAUCUGAUAUUAAGUCUAUAUGCAUAACUGAUAUAGCUCCGAAAUAUAUUACAAAAAAUCUUUAUAUGAUUGAUAAAAUGAAAGAUUUCAAUAAUCAACCGGAUAUAAUUAUCAAAAAUAUUCGAAAAUUAUUAGAAUUAAAUUUAGAAAAUCUCAUCCCAGCCGAUGUACACUAUUUAGCUAACAUUGUUCGUAGUAUAACUGCAAAUUUUAUGAUGGAAAGUAGUAACAGUACCCUAGCAACAAAGCAUCAAUUCCAAAAUAUUUCUGAAACGUUUAUCGAUGUAAUGCAUAUUUACAAUAAUCUCCUCGAAGUCGAUGAGCAUACCUUGCAAACGACAUUAGUUUUAAAUUCCACGAAUAUAUUGUUGGAUAUUUUCGAAAAUCUAAUUGAACAAAUGUGGGUAGAAUUUGAAGAUUUCGAAAGAUCAUCAAUAAGCGAGAUGUUGCAGACAGUUGAAGAAAAUAGAAACGAUUCAACGGUAACAAUUAUCGAGUAUGAAGACAUUGGUGUUGUUGCAAAUAUUGCAUCAAAUUUGUUAAUAUUUAUCAUAGAUCCGGAUGUAGCGAAUGUUACUGGUGUAGCCCUGUUCCAAGCAGAUCCUGACGACGUUAAUGCAACAAAUGAAAAUGCAACGCUUCAAGGCGCUUUUGAAAAUGAAUAUUAUCGCUUCAUUUUGGGUAAUCAAAGCGCUAAUGAGCUGCUAAACGAAUUAAAUAUUUUAAUGGGUACGUAUGUGCCGGAGCUCAUAUGGCAAAGAUUGGAUGAAAUUUCCAUUCAUUUAAAUCAAACAAUUGAUCAGCGUCCCCAACCAAAGGUCGUCAUAAAAAUCUAUGCGAAUGAUAAAUUUUUCCAGGAGAACAAGACAAUUGUUAAUCAAAUGGUUUCCGGUGAAGGAAAAGUAAUAUCAAUAUCUAUACCCGGUCACGAUACCGAUCUUCCCGAUAUUGUACCAUUAGUUCUAAAAAUCAACGGUGAUGGUCAAAUAAAUAACAAUACUGUGAGCGGAAACGAUGGACAGAUGGCAAAUGCUGUCGAGACAGAGCAAGCGUGUAGCUAUUGGAACUACGAGAAAUGGGUUAAUGAUGGCCUUUUAUUUUUGAAAUUAUCGGACGCAAAUGAUACGAUUCUAUGCGGUUGUACACAUUUAACACCGUUCGCUUACCUUGUUGGUACUAGAGAUAAUUUACCAAUUAAUUCGGAAGAGGAUAUCAUUGUGGCCAAGAUUCAUCAAGAAGCUUUAGAUGUCAUCACACUUUUUGGCUGUUCAUUAUCCUUAUUCGGAAUAUUGGGAAUAUUUUUAACAGCUUGCGUGUUCCGUACGUGGCGUAAAAAGAUCAACUCGAAAGUUCUGCUGCAACUAUCAGUGGCGAUUGCUUUGCAAAUGGUGUUAUUCUGUUUCGUGAAUACUGAGCGGAACACACAACAUUUAAUUUCGAAUAAAAUGUUCUCCAGCUGUAUCGCAAUUGGCGCUUUAUUGCAUUAUUCUGUGCUGGUACAAUUUUGCUGGAUGAUCAUAAUAGCGUAUCUUCAAUUUAAACGUUACGUUCAAAUUUUCGGUAAUACGCGUCCGAAACGAUUUCUCGUAAAAUCAACGCUUAUCGGUUGGUGUCUGCCACUAGUACCCGUAAUAUUGUGUUUAUCUUUAGAUAGCGAAUCUUAUAUUCCAAUUGAAACGAGCAAUCCGAUUUGUUAUCCUACCGGACUAUCUUUAUAUCUUGGCAUUGUCCUUCCCGUCAUUCUAGUUAUUUUAACGAAUUUAUCUAUUUAUCUAUUUGUUAUUUAUAACAUUCUAAACAGUCCAGCCGGAUCGAUUCGUCAAUCCGAGAAAGGCCUUGUCUUAUCUCAAAUUAGAUUACUUAUACUUUUAUUCUUUCUUUUAGGCUUUACAUGGGUAUUUGGAUUAAUGUCUGCAAUGAAAGUUGGUUUAGUAUUUUCCUAUUUAUUUUCACUUACGGCAACCUUGCAAGGAUUCGUUUUAUUUGUAUACUUUAUCAUAAUGGAUCCAGUAACUAGACGAAUGUGGUAUGGAUAUUUAUGUCGCUUAUGUGGUUUGAAAAUUAGUUUGGACAACUCGUCCAAUUUUAGAGAAACAACUCAAAGUCCAUAAACUCCAUCUGUGUUUUUGCACACAGAACACGAUGCGAUAAUUGGCAAAACAUAUUCCGAGAUCAAUUCACUCAUAUUUGAAAUUUUGUUAAAUAAAAUUUUUCAUAAAAAAAUCUUAAAUUAAUUACGAGUAAGCAUAAUAGCAUAAAAUAGAUUUAAAAAAAUUAUUCAUAAGAAGAAGAAGAAGAAUAAUAACAAUUAAAAUUGCUUCCGUAUAUUAACUUAUUAAAAACGUUCCCUUAUUUUAUCUCAGAUGCAAUAAAGAAUACAAAAAAAUGAGAAAGCCUGUGCUCUAGUUGUUAUUGUAAAAUUAUAUUGCAUUAAUUUUUUUUUUUUGUAUGCGAAAUCAUGUGGCCACUUGAUAGAAAGCGAUAGAGACUUUUUACUAACCGCGACUUAAUCUAUCUUUUAAGUCCCUCUUUAGCUGCCUGUAAAUAAUUUAGGCAAUCAAUUUUUUUUUUCUUUUUGCUGGAAUAGUUAGAAAGAAAAUGCAUUAUUGCACAAUUGAAUUCAUAUUUAAAGCUUGUCUUUUUUUUUUUUUUUUGGCAACAAAUCUUUUCCCCAUCUUCGCAAUCUUUUUUAAGGCAAUAAAAAAUAUUCAACAGAAAUCAAUUCUGAGACUAAAGUCUUGAAUCGCUAGCAUCUAGAACUGUUGACAUCAUUGAACCGCAUUCUAUCGCACUUGAGAUUUAAACCCACGACCAUUGAGUUCUUAGUCGAAAUCUUUUCCCCCCUCGACCCUUCAGGCUGAUAUAUAUAUAUAUAUAUAUAUAUUUAUUUCGCAAAUAUUUGAAGUAAAAAAUUAAACUUAUGAAUUAAACUUAUUGUUUUAGACGACAAACGUAUGCCUCGAAAAUCCCUGCAACGUGAAAUUGUGUAAAUAAAAAAGAAAAACUCUGCGAUGGUACCUCUGCGAUACAACCUGAAAAGGAGAAGAAUUUUUCACAUGAACCUGCAAUUCACAGCAAGUGUGAGUCAUUAACUCGCAUUGAUUACUUUCCUGCUCUUUUGUACACACCGCCCGUCAUGCAAAAGUUGACUAAACUUGAUUGAUUAUGCAGAGCAAGUAAAAGUCGUAACACGUAGGAUAUAUGUAUUGUGAUAUCAUAAAAUUGCAAAAUAUAUUCUAUCUGCUAACAGAUUCUAUAAUGAUUACAAAAUUGUGUAUAAAUAUUCCUACAGUUUUAAGACAAGCGGAGCAUGUAUUUUCUUACCAUAUGUGCUUUGGAUAUCUCAUCGUGCAAGCAAUACCGGUGUGUCAUUUGGCCUUCGUUAUGUUACAGUUGUGUGAUGGAAAGCUUUCGGUGAAAAUGCACGCUUCAGUUAGGAUAGCCUCUUGAAAUUUCUAAUGGCAUAUAUUUUUUCUAUUAGUUCCGGAAUGGAUUCUAUUACACCAAAAAAAUUCAUCCGUUCAAAUAUCAUAUAGAGUUUUGCUGAAUAAUAUUAAAUUGCUUGAGAGUAAUUGAGCAUCAAUUUUAAAAGGAGAUGAAAAUUAUUUUUAUAAAAAAUAAAACCAUUCGCAGCCAUCCGCACAACUAUGGUUUUUUCUUUCUUAUCACUUCGUCUUAAACAAACAUCCUAAAGAAUAUUGCAAAUGAAAAAAGAAUUUACAGGUUUACAACAAAUUUUAAUUGGUUAUUGUCUAGUUGUUGUUCUUGUGUCCUUUUAUAUAUAUAAAAAAAGGUGGCGUAAACAUUUUAAGUCAUAUAUUCACUACAGUUUUUAUAUAACAAUUUUUUUUCUUUUUUUUUUUUAUCUAUUACUUCUUCUUAGGUUAUUUAUGUAAACCUAAAGUUAAAUUGUAUAAAAAUAAAAACAAUUUUAGCCGCAUAU